GCUCUGCGUUUCAGGGCCGUCCUUUCAACCUCGUGUGUCUCCUAAGAUGUUAGUGCUGGCUGUCAGGAGCAGUAUAAUAGCCGCAUAUUUUUUUUCUGUCAUUUGAGGGGCAUGGGUUUUUUUAACGGUUUUGAUUGCUGAGGACAACAUAAGCCAAGCUUAGAUUUUUAGCGAAUGCCUAUAUCACUAUGAAGGCCUUGUAUUGUCAGCAGAAUUCACGCGAAGAGGAAAUGACAUUUGUCUUCCAGGAAAGAGAAAACCUUCCUCCUCCACGAGACAACGAUGUGAAAGUACAAGUUAGAGCCUGUGCACUGAGCUGGAUAGAUACAAAGCUUCUCUCAGAAAUUAAAUUGGACAAGGAGCUUCUACCAGUUGGUCGAGAAAUUUCUGGGGUUGUAUUGGAAGUUGGAAGAAAGGUGACCUUUUUUCAGCCAGAUGAUGAAGUGGUAGGAAUUUUACCCCUGGAUUCUGAAGAGUCUGGUGUUUGCGAAGUUAUUCUAGUUCAUGAACAUUAUUUGGUUCAAAAACCAGAAAAGGUUUGCUGGGUGGAAGCAGCUGGGACUGUUCGUGAUGGUGUCCGAGCAUACACAGCUUUACACUACCUUUCCCAAGUGUCUCCUGGAAAAACUGUACUUGUGAUGGAUGGAGCAAGUCCAUUUGGUACAAUAGCUAUUCAGUUAGCACAGCACAGAGGAGCUAAGGUAAUCUCUACUGCAUACAGUCUUGAAGAUAAGCAGUACCUGGAGAGGCUUAGACCUCCUGUAGCUCGAGUGAUAGAUGUGUCAAAUGGAAAGAUAGAUGUAGCAGAAAGCUGCUUGGAAGAAACAGGUGGCCUGGGAGUGGAUAUUGUUCUAGAUGCUGGAGUGAGAUUAUAUAGUGCUGAAGAUGAAUCAACUUCAAAACCACAGUUGCUGCCUCAUAAGCAUGAGAUCAUUACUCUGCUUGGUGUUGGGGGACACUGGAUAACAACAGAAAAAAAUCUUCAGCUGGAUCCUCCAGAUAGUCAUUCCUUGUUUCUCAAAGGAGCCACAGUCUCCUUUCUUAAUGAUGAGAUAUGGAACUUGUCCAAUAUACAGCAAGGGAAGUAUCUCUCUAUCUUAGAAGAUAUCAUGGAGAAAUUAUCAAGUGGUGUUUUCAGGCCUCAGCUGGAUGAGCCAAUCCCUUUGUAUGAAGCCAAAGUUUCUAUGGAAAUAGUUCAGAAGAAUCAAGCACGAAAAAGACAAGUCAUCCAGUUCUGACACAGAAUUUACUGAUUUCUAAAAGAAGCCUGUGAAAGACAAAGAAACAAUCUAUUUGAGAAGUAAACUAGUGUAUACUUUUUCAAAUAAUUCUGUAACUAGAACUUUAAGAUCUUUUGUACCUCAGCACAAAUGGUCUGAGAAGCUUCUGUGACUUCAGAGUAUUUUCUUGGAUCCACUCGAGCAGAUUAUUCCCAUCAGCAGCUUCUAAAGAAGCAGUCUUGACAUACAAAUCUUGUCUGCACUGCCUCAAUUACAAACGUCAGGAAUGUUUACAGGCAAACCUAGUUGCUAUUGUUUUUUAACCAUACGAAAUUAAAGGGGAAAAAAUCUGGUGUUC